AUGGACCGCGAACUGUUCGAGGCAGCAACCUCAGGAGACGUAAAGUACGUGCAAGAUGCAAGCGGCCCUCUUGUUAGCAAGGUCACGGUCAACGGGAAUUCAGUGCUCCACAUCGCAGCAAAGCUCGGUCUCUUGGAGCUUGCAGAAGCUGUAUGCCGUAAGGAGUUCUCCCUCCUGAGAUAUAACAAAAAUGAACAUGAAGAUGCCACCAAAAGCACUCCUUUCCACUUUGCAGCGGCCCACGGUGAUACGAGGAUGGUACAGCUGCUACUUCGAUCCAAACCCUCCGCCGCUUACGUCCAGGAUGAAGAUGGAUUCUCAGCUAUCCAUGUUGCAGCAAGUGCAGGACAUCCGAAAAUAAUUCAAGAACUACUGAGGCACUGUCCUGAUUUCAUGGAACACAAGCAUAACAAAGGCCGGAACUUUCUACGCGUGACAAUCGAGAAGAAAAAGUUAGAGGUGGUAAAGUAUGUGCUAAAAUCCCCAUCACUCGGGGGACUUGUGAACGAACAAGAUGAUGAAGGAAACACACCCUUACAUUUAGCAGUCACCUCACGGAACGAGGACAUCAUUCGAUGUUUAUUGUCCAGUGGAAGUGCAGACGCUAACGUCACCAAUGACUUGGGAUAUACUCUUGUCGGCAUUGCUUCGUCCCGAUUUAUGUUGAAAACAAGUUCAAAUGCUCGUUUACAUAUUUCAGUUUCUUUUGAGGAAGCAUAUCUACUCCAUUUAUAUAGGUUAUACUAA